AGCGUCCUGAAACCGCACCUGCUGCGCCAAAGCCUGUCCAGCAGCAAGCAACACAGCAGGUGACACAGCAAGUCACACAGCAGAUGACACAGCAAGUCACACAGCAGGUGACACAGCAGGGAACACAGAAGGUGACAAAGGUAGUGACACAGGAGUUUACUGAGCCAGAAAAGACUACCACUAUGAUUGUUCAGAAAGUCUCACCCCAGGUUAUACAGGAAACCACACAACAAAUUACACAGCCAAUUCAGCAACAAAUCAUUAAAAAGACAGUUGUUCAAGAGACCCAUACUGAACAGCCAAAAGAGAAAGUGACUGUACAGAAGGUCACAACUGUUGCAGAACCACAGCCUGCUUUACAAACAACUGAAGAGACCAUAGUAAUGAAGCAACCAAAAAUGACCCAACAGACAGCUAAAGUUUCAGAACAAACUCAGGUGAUGCAGAAGGUUUCUGUGCAGAAGACACAAAUACUACAACAAGAGAAGGUCACAGAAGAAAAGCCUCUGAUAACCCAAGAAGUUCAAGAAGUCAAGAAACCUAAAGUUGUUGCAGAGAAAGCUAUGAUUAUUGAAGAACCAAAAGUUCUAAAGAAAACUACAGUAAUUCAACAGCCGACAUUGGUCCAGCAGGAAAUUAUGACUGCUGAAAAACCAGAAGAAAUAAAAGAAGUUACUACAAGAAUGGAGACAACAAAAGCUGAAAUCAUUCAAGAACCAGAGGUGCUGCAGACAACUGUAGUGCGAAAACCAGUUGUGGUGCAAAAAGAAAUGGUUGUUGUCCAAGAACCAGAAACAACAGUUGAGGUUUCCUCUGAACGCAAAGUUACAGAGAAAGCUGAAAUAAGUUUAGAACCCAAGAUCUUGCAGAAAACAAUUGUUACUCAACAGCCAACUCAAGUUGUAAGUUAUGAGGAAAUGACAAAGCAAGAAUCAGUUGCUGCAUUUUCAGAGAAGGAAAAACUGCAACCAUCACAUGAGCAACGCAUCACUGUUCAUAAGGAAACCAUCCUUGAGAAACCAAAAGAACAGAUAGUGCCUACUAUGCAGCAUGAAAAGCAGGUUGUGGUUGAACAAAAACAAGUCCAACAGACUGUGCAAAAGGCUGCUGUACAGCAAGAACAGCAGAUGACUGUGCAAAUGCAAAAAUCACAACAGGUGACUCAGCAGGUGCAACAAACACAACAGGUGAAGCAGAAGGUGCAACAAACACAACAGGUGGCGCAGCAGGUGCAACAAACACAACAGGUCACUGUACAGAAACAACAAACUGUACAGCAGAAGACACAACAGAAGGUCGUCACACAGGAACAACUAAUCACUGAACAGCAGAAACCAGUGCCAACCCCUCAGGCCCCUCUCACACUGCUCAUGGAAUCGGAACAACAAGAAACUAUCCCAGAACACUUGGCUGAUACUCUCCAGAUAGCCCCCAGACCUGCUCCCUCACAUGCUGAAGUACAUGAAGAAGAACCAACACACAAAGCAGAAGUUACACAACCUCACACAGAGUUGUGUGUGCCAGGCUUUAAGGCUUUGGUUCGACUUGCAACAGACAACCAACUUGACCUGGAAACAGUUGAUCUAAAACCAACAGAGAAAAUGACAUUUGAAAAAGAUAUUGGCAAGCUAAGUUUCCACUUAAAGAAAGGGGUACAAGUUAAUGAACUGAUGACAAUGUUGAAAGAAGGUGAGUUCAAGACACUUAAACAGGAGACUCAUCAGGCUCAGCUCUUAGAAGUUGCAAACAGAAUGGAAAGAGCUACAGUGACAAAAGUCCUUGUACAGGAAGCUUCUGACAGAUGUGAUCGGAAUAUUGGUCUAAAAUCUGUGAUGCGUACAUUAGAAACCGGACAGGAAUCUAUGGAGCAAAUAAUCAUGGAUGUUUCAAAAGAAUUUGGGCCAUCAUCUGAGCCUGUAAAGGAGAUUGCUGCUGUUGGACAUCUUCUACAGGAAGGUGUAAAAUGUGAUGAGGUUGUCACAUUAGUUGAAGCAGGUCUCCUACCAAGUCUGAAAAAGCCACAGUCACAGAUGCCUCUUGUCUCAAUGGUGGCUGAAAAGGGUCACGUAGGAAGUGUGUGUGAGGUUCUUGUAGAAGAGUCAACAAAGGAAAUGAAGAAGCCCAAGCCCAAGUUUGAGGCUGCACGUAUGUCAGAAGUUAAGGAAAUGUUGAAGAAAGCAAAGGCUGACUCUGUGGAUGUGAAGACCUUCACCCCGGAGAUGGUUCCUGGUGUUCAAGCUUAUAUUCGUAUGGCUCAAGAGGAGAAGGUUAACAUUGAAGAAGUCGUUCAGAAGACAGCAUUAGAACCAAAGCUAAAAGAAGAAGUUGCCAAGAUUGGCAUGAUGGUAAAACAUGGUGUGAUGGCCCAAGAUGUUAUCACUCUAAUGGAAGCUGGUGAAUUCCCACAGCUUAUGAAAUUAGAAGCACAAGCUCAACUCCUGAAUGUUGUGGAGGAGUUUGGAUUCAAGGCAUUAGUAAAUGAAGUUUUAGUUGAGCAGGUUCAACAAGCAGUCCAGAAGACUGAGAAAUCUAUUGGAGUAAAGUCAUUUAUGCGCAUGAUGAAAGAAGCUAAUGUCAAUGUUGAAGAAAUUAUUACAGAGCAAUUUGCCAAAGAGUUUGCUCCUGAAGUCAGAGAACCUGUGACACAGGAGAUGGCAAAGGUCAGUGUGAUGCUCAAGGAGGGUGUCCAGGCUGAGGAAAUUAUGUCUAUGGUUGAAACUGGACAGCUGCCAGCCUUAAGAAAACCUGAGACCCAAAUCCCUCUCAUCAAUGUAGUAGAAGAACAAGGACAUAGUGCAAUCAUCUGCCAGGUUCUCAUUGAAGAUUCAGUCAAGGAGAUUGUACAAGAGCUUCCUAAGGUGGACGUUGCAUCUGUUACAUCUGUUGAAAGCCUCCAGUCGGCAUCAGCAUCGCAGGUUGAAGUCAGAGCAAAGAAAACCCAAGAAAUCCAGAGGAUGGUUGAAUCUACUCAAGAAUCUACAGAAAAAGAGCAAAGGAUAACAAUAAAAGAGGAGACUACAGGGACAGAUGAAAUAUUGCUUGAACAAACAUCUAUGUUUGAAAGCCAGGAACUUAAGCCUGAACAGGCAAAAACACUUAUUAUGGAAGAUGUUAAGGAUUCAGUGACUGUUACUGAAAAUCUGAGUGAAGAACAGCCAGCCCCAUGGCAUCGUGGAGAAAAGAUUCACUUGAAGAAGCAGAUCAGCAUUACACCAGAUGUUGUGGCUUCUGAAUCUAUACAGGUCACUGAUACAAAAACUGAAGAUACGUACGUUACAUUACAGACAGAAAAAGGAAAAGAAGUUACUGCUACAGUCACCGAAGAGCUUAAGGAUUCAGUUACAGUUACAGAAAAGAUCCCAGAAGAACAGCCUUUGCCAUGGAAAAGAGGGGAGAAGAUCCCAUUCAGGACUGAAAAUAUCAAACCAGAACUGGUUUCCCUGGAACCACUUCAAGUUACUGAUACUAAAGCUGAAGAUACAUAUGUUGCCCUGAAAACUGAAAGAGGAGAACAAGUAAAGGCAACAGUCACUAAAGAACUCAAAGAUUCUUUGACAGUGAUGGAAAAGAUCCCUCAAGAACAGCCAAUGGCUUGGCAAAAGGGUGAGAAAAUUCCAUUUAAGACUGAGAACAUAAAGCCUGAGUUUGUGCCUUCUGAGCCUCUUCAAGUUACUGAUACAAAAGUUGAAGAUACCUAUGUACACCUACAACCAGAGAAAGCUACAAAAGCAAAGGCAACAGUUACUGAAGAUUUAAAGGACUCUUUAACAGUGACAGAAAAGAUCCCAGAAGAACAGCCACUGCCAUGGCAAAAGGGUGAGAAAAUUCCCUUUAAGACCGAAAGCAUAAAACCUGAGUUAGUUUCUUCUGAAUCUCUUCAGGUUACUGAUACUAAAGUUGAAGAUAGUUAUGUAAACCUAAAGCCAGAGAAAGGUGAACCAGUAAAAGCUACAAUAUCAGAAGAUUUGAGGGAUUCCCUGACUGUGACAGAAAAGAUUGCAGAAGAACAACCAAUGUCUUGGAGUAGGGGUGAGAAAGUUCCCUUUAAAACUGAGAGAAUAAAACCUGAGUUGGUUUCUUCUGAAUCCCUCCAGGUUACUGAUACUAAAGUUGAAGAUACCUACAUGCAUCUUCAACCAGAAAAGGGUGAGCAAGUAAAAGCUACAAUAACAGAGGAUCUAAAGGACUCACUGACUAUAACAGAAAAGAUCCCAGAAGAACAACCUACUCCAUGGAGAAGAGGAGAAAAGAUGCCAUUGAGAACUGAAAGCAUCAGGCCUGAAUUAGUUUCAUCAGAAUCAUUGCAAGUAACUGAUACUAAAACUGUAGAUUCAUGUGAAACUUUCCAGAGUGAAAAGGGGGAAGAAGCAAGAGCCACUGUAACAAAGGACCUAAAAGAUUCUUUGACUGUUACAGAAAGGCUUCCUGAAGAACAACCUUCACCCCUAAAAAGGCCUGCAAGAGUAACAGCUGAUUUAGCUCAGCACAAGUUAAUGGUAAUGGAACAUGAUUCACUUUCUGUUACUGAAGUAUAUGCUAAGGAAGGUGGUACUCAGUUUGAAACUGAAAAGGCAAAUGUACAGACAGCCAUAGGUAUGCUAGAGCCACUUGAAGCACUUACCACAACAGAUCACAGAAGUGAGGAAACUAUUUCUCAGCUCUCAGACUUAAUGAAACGAACACAAAAGGCAACAGUUAUGGAACAAGAUACUAAACAGACAGUUCAAAUUACAGAACAAAUUCCUCAUGAAAGUAUUGCAGAUCUGAAGAAGGAAAAACACAUAGUUGAGAGUCUCAAAUGUGGCCUCUCUGGACAGAAUGCUCCUCAAGUUGAAGAGAUUAUUGUGCAUGAUGCAGAAGAGAAGUAUGAAUCUAAAUCUCCUAAGAGAGAAACAACAAAACAGACAACAGUUACUAAACAGUCAGAAGCUGUGAUUAUUGCUGAACCAAAACUGGAGGAGGAUACUGUUCAAUGGGAAAAGCAUGCAGAAAAACUGGAACAAGCAAAGCCCAAUGUAUUAGAGCAAAAGUAUAUUCAAAUUUCUGAAAUAUUUAAGGCUGACAAGGAGGAUAUCCUUCAUGAACAAGCCCCAGUACAACAACAAGGUAGAAUAAUAGAAAUGCAGCAUCUGGAAGCUCUUACCAUACAAGGUCAUGAUAUCCAGGAAGAUGCUGCAUCAUGGAAGUCUCGCAUAGACAAGGAGCAAACUGCACGGGCAUCCAUCCUGGAAAAAAUGUCUGUUAAUGUCAUGGAAACACAGCAACAUGAUUCAUUUAAAGAAUAUAAACCAGAAAAACCAAUUGAAGCGCAAGCUACACAAAUGGAAGGUAAACGAGAAGCUAUAGCCGUUUCAGAGACAAAAGCAGAAUCUCCUAUAAGAGAACUCCCAAAGGAAGCCAAAAUAGAACAUCAUGCAUCUCUUAUUCAUUCCAAGAAAUCAUCUCUUGUUGUUUCUGCAUCAGAUGUCCAAGAGAGUGAAGCCCCCCUAAAGAUUAGGAAGCCAGUUGAAGCACAGGCAGAUAAAUUAGAUAUAAACACUUUCCAUUCUGUCAUAGUUGCUGAUACUGAAGUUCAAUCUCCUGUGGAUAUUCUAAGUAAACCUGUAUUGCCAACAGGAAAAGCAAAAACAAGCUUUAUUCCUCAAAAGGCACUUGAAAUUCUUGAAUCUCAAGCUCACCAAAAAGAGAAGGACUUCCAGCCUAGCAAGCCUGAAGACAUGGUUAUUCAAGGUAAAGUUGAAUGCAGUGAACAUUCCCUUGAAGUACAGGAAACAAAAGCUCAGUCCCCAUUAAGGGAAUUAAAAGAAGCAAAACCUUUCACAGAUAUGGCAAGCACCUCUGUUAUCCCUCAAAAGUCUGUGAAAGUGUCAGAAGUGUCUGUGAGUUUUAAAGAAGAGGAAUUCAAGGAGAUCCCAAGAUACUCUCAUACAGCAACAGAAGAACAAGUCCCAGGCCAUCUUCCACUGGAAAUAACUCAAAGCACCAUUCAAGAUACGAUUAAAGAUUUUACAACUAGUAUUCCAAAAGGAGAAUCAGCAUCAGUAGAUCUAAAGAGUUUCCAUGCAGCAUCUGUUAUGGAGAUCCAUGCAGCUCAGGCUGAAGAAAAAUAUAAUCCUUCUCAACAUCCAACAACUACUGCUAAAACGUAUUUGGUGGAAGGUAUGCAACCUAUUAUUACAGAAGAAAUUUGUGCAUCAUCUUCAGUUAUAGACUUUGAUGUUCCUGACAAACCAAAAUCUAAAGAAGCAACAAAGAGUUUUGAAGAACAAAAGGCAAUAACUAUUACUGAGACUGGCAUGCAUGAAAAAGAGGAGUCACUUAUGGAAAAGAAACCCGUUGAAUUACAUUUAAAAUCUAAAAUAAAUGGAGGGCUUGAGCCUCUUCUGAUUACUGAAGUGGAAAGUGAGGAAACUAUUGGCAAUGUAGUUCCUAUAACAGUGCCUGAAAAGGAAAGUGCAAAAAUUGAACUUACUCAUGCAGCUAAGGUGGCUCUUUCAUCUGGAGUACUAAUAAAUGAGUGUGAAGGAUGGCAUGAAGAUGAAAAACCAGAAGCCCAGAAGGCAGAAGGGAUCAUGAGCACAGGGGAGGCUAUUACUGUACUUGAAACACUUCCACAGUCUCUGGCUGAGGAACUUCCAGUUGCUCCCAAGCCAAAAGCUGAAGAAGGAAUGGGAUCUUUAAUUCCAUCAAAAACUGUGUCAGUCUCAGAGGUUAUUUUGCAUGAAAAAGAAGGACUACAUGAAGUAGACAAGUUCCCUACCAUUUCUCUACCCAGUCAGACACAAGCACCAAAUAUCCCAUUAGUUGUACAAGAGACUCAUACGGAUUCAAGUUUGUCUGAAAUGGCUCAGCAGAAAAUGUUGCCAUCACAGUCAGCUUCCAUAUCUCUUACUGCUCAUGUCAUUGCUUCUUCUAUAUCUGUAGGUAUUAGUGAGAAAGAAGGUGUUUAUAAAAAAGAGAAACCAAUAGAAGAUCUUGCAAAUGUUGAAUAUGAAAGUGGAAAAGUCCCCAUUCAAGUAAGCGAAACAAGAGCAGAGUCACCAGUGAAAGAUUUUAAAGAUAUUAAGCCAGAGAAUGCACAGGCAAGACCAGAUAUCAUACCUCAGAAAGCUAUUGCUGUAUCUGAAAUGGAAUCGAAAGAAAAAGAAGGAACUCUUGAAAUUAAGAAGCCAUCAGCAAUUUCACUGAAGUCUGAUAUCACGCAACCUUUGCAUUCACUGACUGUAUCUGAAAUCAGUGCAGAAACUAAUAUUCAUAAGUUAGAUAUAGAUAACAUAAAUGAAGAACAAGCUAAGACAAGUCAUAUUCCACAUCAUGCUACUGCUGUUAGUGAACCAUUUGUGCAUCAGAAAGAACAGGAUUAUACCCAGCCAAAACCACUUUCUGCUGCACCAAAGGAAUCAUGUGCUCCUGGACAUGAAUCAGUUCAAAUAACAGAAACAAGAGCAGAGUCCCCCAUUACUGACAGAGAUGAAAAAGAAACUCCAAAAAGCAAAGCUAAAAGUCAAGUUAUCCCACAAGAUACCGUACAAGUACAUGAAGUAAGGGUUCAUGAAUCUGAAGGAGACUUUAAGUUAAGUAAGCCAGAGGAAUCAAUUGGUAUUGUAAAUCGUGCCCCAGGCCAUGUAGUUGCAAUUUCUACAAAUAUUGAAUUAUCUGAAUGCAUCCAGAAAAUGGAAGAUGCUGGGAAACUGGAAGGAAAAACGGCAAAAAUGACAAUAAAUCCACAGCAGGCAGCAGAAGUUAUACAGCAUGAAGUAAGUGAGGCUGAAAAAGUGUUAAAAGAAGUGAAACCAGAAGAAAAGAAAGCGUUACCAAAUAUAGAAGAAAUGCAAUCUGUGUCAGUUAUGGAAAUAAGUGCAGAAACUAAGGAACAAAACUAUGACAUUAAAGAAUUACCAUCAGUGCAUAAUGUUGAAGCCAAACCAGUUAUCACUCCCCUUCACCUUGCUCAUGUCAACCAUCCUGAGGUAGCAGAGCAGGAGGGGAUUAUCCCUACAUUUGAUACCACUAGUACUAGCCAUGCAAAACUUGAAUUUACACCACACACUUCAAAAUUAGUGAUUCAGCAGCAACCUAAUAUACUUACAGGCAUAUUAAAAUCUGAACAACCUAUUCAUGCCUCAGGCAAGGUGGUAGUGGAGCCAGCUGCCCAUGUCUCAGGUUCGGAAGAAGUUGUUAUUGAAACAAUUGAGGAAACCGCAUCUAAAGCCACACCACAAGCUAUGCAGGCUCAUCGUCUUCUAGAUACGCAACAAACUAUUUCCGUUAUGCAAGUUUCUGCUUUUAAUCAAGCAGAAGCAAUGGGUAAAGUUUCUAUGCCAAUACCAGCAACAGCAAAGACUGUCCAAACAACUCAACAAAGCAUUAAUGUUCAUGAAGCAGAUUUAAGAGAAUCAUCAUCUAGUGUCACUCUUGAAAAAACUACAGAACAAAAAGCGACUACUGUGUUUGAUCAAAGGGAACAUGUUACAGUUUCUGAAGUAAAGUCAGAUGAACUUCCAGCUGAAAUGAAGCAUGUGAGGCUUGAAGGCAAAGCUUCACCUGUAGUAAAGCCUCAUGAAACUGUCACAGUCUCAUCUGUUACAGUAGCAGAAAAUUAUGAAGAAUCAAAGCAUCCAAAACCACGAAUGGAACAGGCUCAGCCGAUUGCAAUGCCCCAGGAUUAUGUCUCAGUGGAGGAGACUAAAGUACAUGAAAGUUCUGGAGAAAUAAAAAUCAAGCAGCCAACAGAAGAAAGAGCUACAACUUCUGUAUCUAAGCGUGAAUCUGUCAUGAUUUCUGAGGUAAAGACAGAGGAAAAACCAGUUUCUAUAAGAGAAAGAAGACCUUCCCAGGAGAGAGCCAAACCAGCUGUUGUGAGACAAGAGCAUGUAAUUGUAUCAGAGACAUCAACAGCUGAAGCACCUGGAUUUGUAACACAUCGCAGACCUUCUGAAGACAGAGCUAAAACAAUUCUUUCCCAAAAACAGUCAGUUAUUGUUUCAGAAGUUCAGUCAGAAGAAGCUCCUAAAUCUACAAAGCAAAGAACUCCAUCACAAGAAAGGGCAAGACAAGUAAUGUCAGAAAAGGAAUCUUUUGUUGUUCAAGAGGUUAAAGUACAUGAACUUCCAAAAGAUCUUCCAAAGGCCAAACCCAAGGAGGAUAAGGCUAAGAAGGUUAUUCCUCAACAGGAGUCCAUCUCAGUUCAAGAGACUCAAGUUGAGGUACACACAGGAGACAUUUCACAUGUAAAACCAAAAGAAGAAAAAGCAAAAAAGAUAUAUGAAAAGCGCUCAUCAGUGGCUGUAUCCGAAGUCUCUAGUCAUGAAAUGGCUGUAAAAAUGCCUGAUUAUAAGCCUCAGAAGCCUGAGUCUGCAAAAACAAAGAUGGACCAUAUGGAAGUUGUAAGUAUUUCUGAAAUAACUCCUGAUGAAGCUCCUCACAUUGUACCCAAGGAGAAAAGAAAAACAGAAACUGCUACUGUGAUUCUCCCUGAAAUGAAGGAGACAAUACAGAUCACAGAGGUUUCUACUGAGGAAACACCACACAGCGUAGUUCAUGCCAAGAAGAAUGAACAGUAUGCACAAGUAGUCCUUAAACCAACAGAAUCAAUAAGCGUCUCUCAUACACAAGUACAUGAAUCUACAGAUGAGGUGCAGAAGUUAAAGCAUGUGGAAGAAAGGGCUCAGACCAUCCUUCCUCAACAAGAUUCAAUUACAGUUCAAGAGAUAAAUGUAAAGGAAGAACCAGAAGAAGUAAGGGAACAUAGACCCAAAACUGAAACAGCAAAGUCUAUACUUUCACCUCGACAAUCAAUUGCAGUGGAAGAGAUAACUGUGAAAGAAAGUCCUGGGUCAGUAUCUGAAGUUAAGCCAAAAACUCAACAAGCUACAUCAGUUCUCUCUGAGCAUGAAUCCAUCACCAUCCAGGAAGUUAAUGUUAAAGAAUCUCCUGGCAAUAUUAAGGAUAUAAAGCCAAAAACAGGAACAGCUGAGACUAUCUUUACUACUCAAGAUUCUAUUGCUGUUCAAGAAGUUUCAGUGAAGGAGGCACAUGGUUCUGUUAAAGAUAUAAAACCCAAGACAGAACUGGCCACAGCCAUCAUUUCCCCUCAUGAAUCAUUGACAAUUCAAGAAAUAUCUGUUAAAGAAGCCCCAGGUGAUGUAAAAGAAGCAAAACCAAAGCAUGAGCAAGCUUCUUCAGUUUUAACUCCUCUGGAAUCCAUCAAUGUUCAUGAGGUUUCAGUGAAGGAUGCUCCAGGAUCAUUGAAAGAUUUACUAAUAAGUACAGAACAAGCUUUAGCCAAGAUAUCUCCUCAUGAAUCAAUAACAGUUGAGGAGGUUUCCAUUAGGGAAGCUCCUGGCUCAGUGAAAGAUGCAAAGCCAAAAACAGAAAUGGCAACAUCAAUCAUUUCUCCUCAUGAAUCAAUCACUGUACAAGAGGUAUCUGUGAAGGAUGCUCCAGGAGUGGUAAAGGACAAAAAGCCAAAGCAUGAGCAGGCUUUAUCAGUGCUCUCUCAGCAAGAAUCCAUCAGUGUGCAUGAGGUAUCUGUAAAAGAUGCUCCAGGAACCCUGAAGGAUUUGAAACUAAGUCCAGAACAAGCUUCAUCUGUUAUCUCUCCACAUGAAUCAAUUACUGUUGAAGAAGUUUCUGUGAAAGAAGCUCCUGGUUCUAUGAGAGAUGCAAAGCCUAAGACAGAAAUGGCAACUACAAUUAUUUCUCCUCAUGAGUCUAUCACUGUACAAGAGGUAUCUGUGAAAGAUGCUCCAGGAGAGGUAAAGGACAAAAAGCCAAAGCAUGAGCAGGCUUUAUCAGUGCUCUCUCAGCAAGAAUCCAUCAGUGUGCAUGAGGUAUCUGUAAAAGAUGCUCCAGGAACCCUGAAGGAUUUGAAACUAAGCCCAGAACAAGCUUCAUCUAUUAUUUCCCCUCAUGAGUCCAUCACAGUAGAAGAGGUUUCUGUGAAAGAAGCUCCUGGCUCUAUGAAAGAUGCAAAGCCUAAGACAGAAAUGGCAACAAUUAUUUCUCCUCAUGAAUCAAUCACUGUACAAGAAGUAUCUGUGAAGGAUGCUCCAGGAGAGGUAAAGGACAAACAACCAAAGCAUGAACAGGCUUUAUCAGUGCUCUCUCAGCAAGAGUCUAUCAGUGUGCAUGAAGUAUCUGUAAAAGAUGCUCCUGGGUCUUUGAAAGACUUGAAACUAAGCCCAGAGCAAGCUUCAUCUGUUAUCUCUCCUCAUGAAUCAAUUACAGUAGAAGAAGUUUCUGUAAAAGAGGCACCUGGCUCAGUUAAAGAUAUAAAACCAAAGACUGAAGUGGCUACAUCAGUCAUGUCUCCUCAUGAAUCUAUAACAGUAGAAGAGGUAACUGUAAAGGAUGCCCCAGGAGAGAUGAAAGACAAGAAAUUGAAGCACGAGCAAGCCACUUCAGUCUUUUCUCCACAAGAGUCAAUUAGUGUCCAUGAAGUAUCUGUAAAAGAUGCUCCAGGAUCCAUGAAAGAUUUCAAACUGAAAACAGAACAAGCUUCAUCUGUAAUAUCUCCACACGAAUCUGUCACAGUGGAAGAAGUGUCUGUAAAAGGGGCAUCAGCAGAUUUCAGUGAUAAGAAACCACAGUCUGAGACUGCAACCUCAGUAUUCUCUCCACAGGAGUCUAUUGCUGUCCAUGAGGUGUCUGUGAAGGAUGCCCCAGGUUCUUUGAAAGAUCUAAAAUUCAGAACUGAGCAAGCAUCCUCAGUCAUAUCUCCACAUGAGUCUGUCACGGUACAAGAGGUGUCUGUAAAGGAAACAUUUACUGAUAUUACAGACAAAAAACCAAAAACUGAAACAGCAACAUCACUAUUGUCAACAAAGGAAUCAAUAGCCAUUCAUGAAGUUUCAGUAAGGGAUGCACCAGGUUCAAUGAAAGAUUUAAAACUUAAGACUGAACAAGCAACAUCCAGUAUAUCUCCUCAUGAGUCCCUUACUGUAGAAGAAGUGUCUGUAAAAGAAGCAUCAGCAGACCUCAGUGAACGAAAGCCAAAAACAGAAAAAGCCACAUCAAUUCUUUCUCCUCAGGAAUCAAUUGCUAUCCAAGAAGUAUCUGUUAGAGAUGCUACAGGAUCUAUGGCAGAUAUUAAACCAAAAACUGAACAAGCAACAUCUAGUAUUUCUCCCCAUGAAUCAAUCACAGUAGAAGAAGUAACAGUGAAGGAAGCUCCAGGAGAUGUAUGUGAUAAAAAGCCAAAGACUGAGAAAGCUACUUCAAUAUUCUCACCGCAAGAAUCCAUUGCUAUUCAUGAAGUGGCUGUUAAGGAUACUACAGGCUCAAUGAAAGACUUAAAACUGAAAAAAGAACAAGCUUCAUCUGUAAUUUCUCCUCAUGAAUCACUUACCAUAGAAGAAGUAUCAGUGAAGGAAACAUCCAAAGAGCUUAGUGAUGAAAAACCAAAAACAGGACUGGCAACCUCAGUUUUUUCUCCUCAAGAAUCUAUUGCUGUCCAUGAAGUAUCUGUGAAGGAUGCUCCAGGAUCCCUUAAAGACUUAAAAUUCAAGACAGAACAAGCUUCGUCAGUCCUCUCUCCUCAUGAGUCUCUUACAAUUGAAGAAGUAUCUGUGAAGGAAGCAUCAGGAGAUCUGACUGAUAAAAAACCAAAGACAGAAGUAGCAACAUCUAUAUUCUCUCCUCAGGAAUCUAUUUCUGUCCAUGAAAUAUCUGUGAAAGAUGCUCCAGGUUCGAUGAAAGAUCUGAAACUGCAAACUGAGAAAGCAUCUUCUGUCAUAGCCCCUCAUGAGUCUGUUACAGUUGAAGAGGUAUCUGUCAAAGAAACAUCUGGAGACAUUAGCGAGGCAAAGCCAAAAACAGAAACAGCAACUUCAAUAUUCUCUACUCAAGAGUCUAUUGCCAUUCAAGAGGUUUCUGUGAAAGAAGCCCCAACAGACAUUACCUCUAAACUGCCCAAAACGGAAAAAGCCACUUCUACAUUUACACCUCAGGAAUCUAUUGCUGUUCAUGAGGUGUCUGUGAAAGAUGCUCCAGGAUCAAUGAAAGAUUUGAAAUUUAAAACUGAAAAAGCUUCAUCUACAAUUUCUCCUCAUGAAUCUGUUACCAUUGAAGAAGUAUCUGUUAAAGAAACAUUUGGAGAUAUGGAAGAGAGGAAACCUAAAACAGAGAAAGCUACUUCUGUUCUUUCUCAACAGGAAUCCAUUAGUAUACAUGAAAUUUCUGUUAAAGAUGCUCCAGGUUCCAUGAAGGACUUGAAGCCAGUUACUGAGAAAGCAUCAGCUACUAUUGCACCACAUGAAUCAGUAACAAUUGAAGAGGUCUCAGUCAAGGAAGCAUCACAAGAUCUGGCCAGCCUAAAGCCAAAACCAGAACUUGCAAAAUCUGUUUUGUCACCACAAGAAUCAAUAGCAAUUCAAGAAAUUUCAGUAAAGGAGGCACCAGGUGAUAUAGAGACUAUGAAGCCCAAAUCAGAAAAAGCACGAGUCACUGUAACAAAGAAAGAUUCCCUUCAGGUUCUAGAAGUUGCAUCUGAGCUUGCUCCAGACACCAUACCAGAGAGUCACAUGAUUGGUGACAAGGCAAAGGUCACUGUCACAGAGGAUCUCCAACGUGCAGAUCAGGAAGAUGUUAUUGUGUUACGAGGCCCAAAGAAAGAAAAGAAGGUCAUUGAAGUUGUGGAGGAAUCAGAUGAAGAAAUUCCAGUUAUAAAGAAAGAAAAGAAGGAAGAAACAGUUGAAGAAAAAAUAAGUGAACCAGAGGAAAAGAUUAUUGAAGAAGUAGAGGUUAAGAUGAAGCCAAAAAAGAAGCCAAAGAUCCAGACUGAAGAGGCUGAAGAAGUUGUUAUUAAGAAACCUGAGGAAAAAAUACUUGAAGAAACCACAGAAGAUGUACAAGUAAAAAUAAAACCAAAGAAAGAGCCUAAAGUAGAAGAACAACAAAUUUCAGAAGAAGUAACAAUAAAGAAAGCAGAGAAAAAGGAAGAGAUCGUUGAGGAAGUCUCUGAAGAUGUAACAGUUAAAAAGAAACCAAAGAAGAAGCCUGAAUUAGAGGAAGCUACAGAAGAGGUAAUACUCAAGAAACCAGAAAAGAAGCCUGAAGAGAAAGUUGCUGAAGAAGUUACAGAAGAGGUGCAAGUUAAGAUGAAACCAAAGAAAAAACCAGAAAUAAAGACUGAAGAGAUUGCUGAGGAAGUAACAGUCAAGAAGCCUGAAGAAAAGAAGCCUGAGGAGAAACCAGAAGAAAAGGAGCCUGAGGAGAAACCAGAAGAAAAGGUUAUUGAGGAAGUCACUGAAGAAGUGCAGAUUAAGAUGAAACCAAAGAAAAAGCCUGAAGUCAAGACUGAAGAGAUUGCUGAGGAAGUGACAGUGAAGAAGCCUGAGGAGAAACCCGAAGAAAAGAUUGUUGAGGAAGUCACUGAAGAGGUGCAGAUUAAGAUGAAGCCAAAGAAAAAGCCUGAAGUCAAGACCGAAGAGAUUGCUGAAGAAGUGACACUUAAAAAGCCUGAGGAGAAACCAGAAGAAAAGGUUGUUGAGGAAGUCACUGAAGAGGUGCAGAUUAAGAUGAAGCCAAAGAAAAAGCCUGAAGUCAAGACUGAAGAGAUUGCUGAAGAAGUGACACUUAAAAAGCCUGAGGAGAAACCAGAAGAAAAGGUUGUUGAAGAAGUCACUGAAGAGGUGCAGAUUAAGAUGAAGCCAAAGAAAAAGCCUGAAGUCAAGACUGAAGAGAUUACUGAAGAAGUGACACUGAAGAAGCCUGAGGAGAAACCUGAAGAGAAGGUUGUUGAAGAAGUCACUGAAGAGGUGCAGAUUAAGAUGAAGCCAAAGAAAAAGCCUGAAGUCAAGACCGAAGAGAUUGCUGAAGAAGUGACGCUUAAGAAGCCUGAGGAGAAACCUGAAGAGAAGGUUGUUGAAGAAGUCACUGAAGAGGUGCAGAUUAAGAUGAAGCCAAAGAAAAAGCCUGAAGUCAAGACUGAAGAGAUUACUGAAGAAGUGACACUAAAGAAGCCUGAGGAGAAACCUGAAGAGAAGGUUGCUGAAGAAGUUACUGAAGAGGUGCAGAUUAAGAUGAAGCCAAAGAAAAAGCCUGAAGUCAAGACCGAAGAGAUUGCUGAGGAAGUGACUCUUAAGAAGCCUGAGGAGAAACCCGAAGAAAAGAUUGUUGAGGAAGUCACUGAAGAGGUGCAGAUUAAGAUGAAGCCAAAGAAAAAGCCUGAAGUCAAGACUGAAGAGAUUGCUGAAGAAGUGACACUGAAGAAACCUGAGGAGAAACCUGAAGAGAAGGUUGUUGAAGAAGUCACUGAAGAGGUGCAGAUUAAGAUGAAGCCAAAGAAAAAGCCUGAAGUCAAGACCGAAGAGAUUGCUGAAGAAGUGACGCUUAAGAAGCCUGAGGAGAAACCAGAAGAAAAGGUUGUUGAGGAAGUCACUGAAGAGGUGCAGAUUAAGAUGAAGCCAAAGAAAAAGCCUGAAGUCAAGACUGAAGAGAUUACUGAAGAAGUGACACUGAAGAAACCUGAGGAGAAACCUGAAGAGAAGGUUGUUGAAGAAGUCACUGAAGAGGUGCAGAUUAAGAUGAAGCCAAAGAAAAAGCCUGAAGUCAAGACUGAAGAGAUUGCUGAAGAAGUGACACUGAAGAAGCCUGAGGAGAAACCUGAAGAGAAGGUUGUUGAGGAAGUCACUGAAGAGGUGCAGAUUAAGAUGAAGCCAAAGAAAAAGCCUGAAGUCAAGACCGAAGAGAUUGCUGAGGAAGUGACUCUUAAGAAGCCUGUGGAGAAACCUGAAGAGACAGUUGUUGAAGAAGUCACUGAAGAUGUACAGAUCAAGCUGAAGCCAAAGAAGAAACCUGUAACCAAAGAAGAAGAGGUUUCACAAGAAGUUACAAUACAACAACCAAAAGAAAAGAUAGUUGAGGACAUUACAGAGGAAGUUAAAAUUAAAAUGAAGCCAAAGAAAGAACCAGAAAAGAAAACUGAGGAAAUUACAGAAGAAGUAACAAUUAAGAAAACUGAAGAGCAACCUGAGGAGAAAGUCUGUGAAGAGAUUACAGAAGAAGUCCAGUUCAAGUUGAAGCCUAAAAAGAAACCAAAGACUGAAUAUGAAGAAAUAUCUGAAGAGGUGACAAUCAAGAGAAAGCCUCAGGAAAAGGUGGAGGAGGUGACUGAAGAUGUGCACAUUAAGAUGAAGCCUAAACAGCCAGAAAAGUUUGAAGAUGUAUCUGAAGAACUGACAAUAAGAAAGGAUGAGCCUAUAGAAAAAGUAGCAGAAGAAGUGACUGAGGAUGUGCAUAUCAAAUUCAAACCUAAAAAGAAAGAGCCUGAAAAGCAUAUAGAGGAAAUAAAUGAAGAAAUUACCAUAAUAAAAAAACAUGAGCCCUCUGAGGAAGUACAAGAGGAAGAGGUUGAAGAUGUUCAGAUUAUACGUAAACCCAAAAGAAAAGCUAUUGUCAAGGAGGAAAUUUCUGAGGAAUUUGUCAUCCAAAAACCUAAAAAGACAGAAGAACCAGCUGAAGAAGUUACUGAAGAAUUCAAGGUUAAGAGACCUAAACCAAAGAAGCCAGAGGAUGUGUCUGAAGAAUUUGUAAUGAAGGAAGAAUCACCAGAACCAACUGUGGCAGAGGAAAUAACUGAGGAAGUCAGUAUCAAAAUGAAACCAAAGAAGAAGAAGCCAUUUAUAACAGAGGAAAUAAGUGAGGCAGUGACUCUUAAAAAACCAAGGGACAAAGAAGAAGAACCAGAAGAAGUAAGUGAAUCUGUUGUUCUGAAGAGAAAAGAAAAACCAUUCGUGAAAGAGACUCAGGAGAUUUCUCAAGAGGUUGAAAUGAAACUCAGGGAAGGUGAAAACUUUACCCAGGAAGAAACUACAGAAGAUGUAAGCAUUAGAAUGAAGCGGCCAAAAAAGAAAUACUCUGUGACUGAAGAGACCAUUGAAUCCAAGAUGAUGAUCCAGGAAUCUGAUGAUGAAGAACCUGAAAUAAUUUACCAAGAAUUAGAUGAAGUUGAAGUAAUGCAGCAGUUGAUUGAUGAUGAAUCUGAAAUAGCUGAGGAGACUGUAGCAUUUAGAAAGCCUAAGAAGAAGGUAAUUGUAAGAGAUGAAGGUGAAGAGACAGUAACCAUUAAAAAGAAAAGGGUUGUUAAAAAAGAUGAUGAAACUGAUGCUCAAGUUACCAUUAAGGAACCAAAAUCACCUGAAGAGAUCCAAGAAUCUUUCCAGUUAAAACUUCCAAGAAAGAAGAAGUAUGUAGUAGAAGAAGAAGAAGAAGUUGAGGUAGGUGUAAAGCUUAGGAAAGAGCCAGAGUACCCAGAGUAUGAAAUUGGGGAAGAUGUACAGGAAACAUUUAAGUUCAGAGCUCGUGAACCAGAUGUCACUGAGGAAGAUGUUGAACAGUUCGAAGAUGUUGAGGGUGAGUUCACCUUUGGCCUACCACGCAAAGAAAAGCCGAGGUUAACAGAGGAAAUUGAAACUACUCAAAAGAUCAAGCUCCCUCCCCUACCCAAACAACCUCCUCUCUUCACCCAAGAGGAUGUCCAAAUGCAAAUUCAGGUUGCCCAGCAGACCCCCACAGAAGCAUAUGAACUUGCUCCACCUCUGCAAGUGAAGUUCAAUGACCAGCUGCGUGCCACAGCAACAUAUGUGUGUGAGACAGACCAGCAAAAUGCCAUGCACCUCGUUGAGGGUGAGCGUGUCUAUGUGCAAGAAUCAACCAACAGUGACUGGUGGUUUGUCAAGAAACAUUUGACUUUGGAGCAAGGUUAUGUUCCUGCUAAGCUUCUGGCAGAAGAGACCUCUUACACCCACUAUGUCCAGCAGAAACUAGCAGAAAAGAUCAGCAAGCUCCCUGUGUUUGACAAACUGAAGAAGGGCCAAAAGGCAGAACCUCCUACAAUAGUGACAAAAAUCCAGCCAUCAACAAUAGCCGAUGGAAAAGAGGCCCAGUUUGUCUGCAAGGUCCAGGGUACUCCACGACCUACUAUUACCUGGUUCAGACAGACUGCCAUUAUAAAACCAUCUGAUGAGUUCCAGGUGUUCUACUCUGAUGACAACACUGCUACACUGGUCAUAAAGGAAGUAUUCCCUGAGGAUGCUGGCAUGUUCACCUGUGUGGCCAAAAAUGAAUUUGGCUACUCUUCCUGUAGUGCUGAACUUGUUGUGGAAGGUCCUAUCAGUGACCAUGGUAGUGAGUCCAUGAUGGCCUCUCGCCGUAGCCUGAGCAGAGAAUCUUCUGUUUGUGAUUACCUGGAGGGCAUUCCACCAACAUUUGCAGAUAAGCCAAAGAUCAAGACAGUUGAAGAAGGAGCUCAACUUGAAAUGGAUGUCCGUCUUGUAGCCAUCCCAGAACCUGAGAUUACAUGGAAGAAGAAUGGACAGGUUAUCAGGGAUUCUCAGCAUCUGCGCAUUGUGAAGCAGAAGGAUGUUCAUGCAUAUCGUUCUAUCAUUAUUAUCAAGGGAGUGAAGAAAGAGGAUGAAGGACAGUACGAGGUUAUUGUCAAGAACCGUGAAGGAGAAGCCAGGAAUCAAAUUACUCUUAAAGUUACUGCACCUCAGGGUCCUGCCUUCCAGGAGAAGUUCGGAGACCAGACUGUUGAGGCUGAGGGAACAAUUCGACUUGUUGCAAAGAUUCGUGGUGUCCCUGCACCUGAUGUUACCUGGAGCAGGAAUGGCAAAAGGCUCAAGGUGGAGAAGAAUGUUGUAAUGACCUUCCAAGAGGAGCUGGCUGUGUUGGAGAUACGUAAUGUCACUCCUAAAGAAGAUUCAGGGAAAUAUACAUGCACAGCCACCAAUAAGGUUGGCAAGGCCACACAUUCAGCUAAUAUAACAGUGGGCGUCGAUGUUGUUACCUUCAAACGUGGUUUGGAGUCAUGUGUUGUUGAUGAGAACUCUGAGGUUAUACUGGAGUGCCGCACCUCUAAGGAAAAACGGUGUACUUGGUACAAGGAUAACACUGAACUUAAGAGCAGUAGGACCAUGCACAUUGAACAAGAAGGUCUUACUCAUCGUUUGGUCAUUCAAUCGGCUACUAUGACUGAUUCUGGCAAAUACAGCUGCAAAUUUGACAACCAGUCUACUUUCUGUAACCUUACUGUCAAAGGUGUUGAUGACUUUGUUGAGAGGAUUCAAGAUGUUGAGGUCCAGGAAAGGGAACAAGCCAUCCUGCAGGUCGAAGUCAGCAGUGAGAAGGCCACUGUUACAUGGCACAAGGAUGGUGAAGAGAUCACAAGCAAGACAAAUCGCUUUAAACUAGUCAGUGAGGGCAAGAGGAAGAAACUGAUUCUUACAAGUGCCACCUUGGCUGAUGAGGGUGAAUACACUUGUGUACUGGGUGACCAGGAAUGUACUGCUGAGCUCACUGUACGAGAACUGCCUGCUGAGAUUGUUAAAAAGAUGAAGGACCAAGUGGUCUCAAAGGGCAGCAGAGCCACCAUGGAGGUUGAACUUACAAAGGGUGAUGCUGUCAUUACCUGGUACAAGGAUGGUAAAGAAAUUCGCUUCUCUGAUCAUUACCAACUCUCCAUUGAUGGCAAGAUCCAGAGGCUGAUGGUGUAUAACUGUCAACUUGAAGACAGUGGUGUUUACCGUGCGGUUGUGGGCAAGAGUGAAUGUUCUGCCUCACUUAAGGUUGAGCUGCAAGCAGAGGGAGACUUUUCUAAGAGGUUACCAGCACAGAUGGAUGUGAAUUACAAGGCAGAUGCUACAUUUGUAGUUGAAGUCACAAAGGAAUAUGAUGUUAAGUGGUACAGGAAUACUGAAGAGAUUGUAAAGUCUGACAAAUACAUCAUGAAGAAGGAAGGCAUGAAGAGAAUCUUAAUUGUAAAGAGUGUGACUCAAGUUGAUGCGUUUGAGUAUUCCUGCAUCCUUGGUAGCCUCAAGACAUCUUGCAGACUUAACGUUGUCCUGAUGGAAACUGCUCCAAAGAUCGAGAAAAAGCACCAGAAGGCCGAAAUUGUUGUCACAAAGGGAAAAGAUGCUACUCUUACUGUGCCUUUUACUGCUACUCCAGUUCCCAAGAUCUCCUUGUACUACAAGGGUCAGCUUGUAGAAACUGCAAAGAGCCAAAAGAUCCUGCCAACUAUAUCUGAGAAUGUGGCCAAUAUUACUAUAAAACAGAUAGAAAAUAUUGACUGUGGAGAAUAUAGGCUCAAGUUGAGCAAUGACUGUGGAGAUGCAUAUGCUGAGUUUACUGUUAAGAUCCUUGAUAAGCCAUCAUCGCCUGGUUGUCCUGAGCCAAUGAAAGUUACGAAUGAUUCUGUAACCCUGCACUGGACCAUACCCCAAGAGGAUGGUGGACGUGUUAUUAUCAAUUACAUAAUUGAAUAUAGGACCAAGAGAGAGGAGAGAUGGAUUGUGUAUAACAAGGACUAUAAGGUUACUGAAAGCACUGUUGUGGUUCAGCAUCUGACUAAGGAUGAGGAAUACAGCUUUAGGGUUUCUGCUGUCAAUGAAAUUGGAACCUCUGAAGUCUCUAGGAGUUGUGAAUUUGUCAAGGUUUCUGAGCCAGUGAGGGCUGAACCUCCUAUGGUAAAGGAACAACUUCAGGCAGUUGUGAGUGGCCUUCAUCAAGAGGUUAUCCUCCGCUGUGUUGUUACAGCCACACCUGCACCCAAAAUUGAAUGGCUCAAAGAUGGCAAAGCUAUUUCUGGUUUUACUAAGUAUGAAAACUUCACUGCCACAUUCACAAUCAAGCAGACUAAUGAAGAUUCUGGUGGCAUGUACACCUGCCGUGCCAGUAAUGAAGCUGGUAUGGCAGAGUGUUCUGCUACUGUUGUCAUUCAAGAGGCACCAAGAUUUGAUUAUGAUGAAAAACAACAGUGUCAACGUCUACACGUGGGUGAAAAAUGGCAUGUCCCCAUUCAGGUCAUUGGCUAUCCAAGACCCAGGAUCAAUUGGUCUCGUAAUGACCAACCACUCAUGUCCUCUCAGCGCAUUGUGAUUCACACUGAAGAGUCUGAGGGAAUGACAGAUAUUGCCAUUCAGAAGUUGUCAAUGGAAGAUUCUGCUGUGUAUACCUUAACAGCAGAAAAUUCUGCUGGACGAUCUCAGCUGAGCUUUAAUCUCAGAGUUGUUGAAGAGGAAAGGGAGUCCCAAGUAUGUGCUCUUGAGGUUAUUGAAGAAGAAGUUAAAAGGGAGCGCCCUGCUCCACCAAUGGGUCCUCUCAGGGUUAGUGAAGUGACUUCCUCGUCACUGAGACUAACAUGGGAAGCUUCACCUUAUGAUGGAGGUAUGGAGAUCACUUCCUACUACAUUGAAAAGCUUGAGAAGACCCAGAAGCACUGGCAGAAGGUAGCAGAGGUUGGCGCUUCCGUGAGGACAUAUGUUGUCACUGAACUGGUUGAAGGUCAUGAAUACAUGUUCAGGGUGUUCGCUGUCAAUGCUUUUGGAAUUUCUGACUCUCUGGAGGUUUCUGAAACCAUUCUCAUCAAGAGUCCAUUUGACAAGCCAGGUCCUCCAAUUGGUCCCUUCGACGUGAACAACAUUACUGAAUCAUCUAUUUUACUACACUGGGAUGAGCCUGACUCAGAUGGUGGCUCACCUAUCACUCACUACAUUCUGGAAAAACGUGAAUCCACCAAGAAAGCAUGGACAAAGGUUGGCCAGACCUUAGCAGAUGUCACCCAGAUGGAGGUUACAGGACUGAAGAGAGGUGUUGGCUACUGCUUCAGAGUAUUUGCAUUCAAUGCAGUUGGUCAAGGACCUCCUCUACAGCCUGAAGAGCCGAUCACAGCAGGCAAGAAGAUCACUCCUCCAUCAAAGCCCAACAGCCUUCAAGUGAUAGAUGUUACCACCAAGACUGUGACCCUUGCUUGGGCACCUCCAACUACUACAGGAGGAGCUGACCUGAUGGGUUACGUAAUUGAACGAAGACUGAUCUCAGAAAAGAAAUGGGAGAGGGUUGACACUGUGGAUGCCUCUGUGACUUUGUACUGUGUAGAGAACUUACAAGAAAAGUCUGAAUAUGAAUUCAGAGUGUUUGCUGAGAAUCCAGUAGGUCUUAGUCUAGAAGCUGCAAUGACAGAACAAGUCAGGCUUAAGACCCAUGCAAUGCCACCAUCACCACCAACUGCACCACUGGAAGUUCGUCCAACAGGCCCCAAUAGCCUCAUGAUUGAGUGGGGAGCACCUGAGAGUGAUGGUGGUGCUCCAUUAUUAGGAUAUAUCAUUGCCAUUAGAGACAUCAAGAGAACAAUGUGGAUUGAAGUAGGCCAAGUUGGAGCCAACUUCACCAGGUUACACAUCAAAGAGUUGCAGGAGGAACACGAGUACCAUGUCAGAGUGUUUGCUCGUAAUGAAGUGGGCACAAGUGAUCCUCUUGAAACUGAAGACCCUGUGAAGGUCAUCCGGCCAGCUGACUUCACGGAGCUGCCUGAGGAUGAUAAUGCGCCUUCACUGUCCUACUCCACGACGGAGACUCUCUCCUGGAUGCGGGAGGCCGGCAUGGACGCCGAUAUCUACUCUUAUGCUCGUGGUCGCCUCCUGAACAGAGACGAAUACUUCUUCAAAGUCUGGCACCGCGGGAUGGACAAAUACGAAGAGAAAAAAUAAUAUGUCAGAAAUAUUUUUAUUAUAAUUUUUUAAUAGGAAACUCUUAGUUAAGUACUGUAUUGUUGAAAAUAUAAUUUUAUUUGUUAAUUUCUGUUAAUGUAUAUUGCCGAUUAUGGAGACCUGUCUCCCUUGAGAUGAGCAGGUGAUGGGGUUGGUGUCCAAUCUCUCGCCUGUUAUGGAGAAUACCCUUUUAAGGAACUGAAGUUGUACUUACUAUUUACUGAUGAUCGUCAUAUUUUUGUCAGUGAUUCUCGAUUAUGUGUACUAUAACGGCUCCAGGUGUCCACAAUAAGUAGGAUACCGGAAGCCGCCCUUGGAAGACUUGUGCGCCAUAAGGUGUUCGGUCCUGGACUUCCCAGUAGGAACUUUCGUUCUGGUCUUGUUUUGACAUCAUCAUCAUUACCCUGAGAUGUUCACCUGUGCACCCAGUAAAACAGACCCGGAAGUUUCUAGCUGUGAUAUUCCUAAAUGGCCCAAAUAUACCAUCAUAUAGAUAUUUUCUUUUAGUAUUGCGGGCCUAGAUUCCAACCCGUGGACCAAAUCUUGUGGCAGUACAACUCUAAACGACUUUGAUACACGAAUCCCUUAUUUUGUGUACUGUAUAGAUUUUGUCAUUGUAUUGUCUUGCUCGUGACUCAGGAUUAAAUGUAAUCAUUUCUAUUUAUAAAUGAUCGUAUCACUGAACGCGAAUGUGUCCAUAUUAGUCUCAUCAUAAAUAUGUAUGACCUUAGCUGUUUUGUGGUGAAUGUACUGUGAUAAGCGAAACUUACCUAAGUCGACUGCGUGCUUGCAUAAGAAAAUAUCUAUUGUUUUUUUUCUUGUGUUGCCUUGUUUAUUUCCCCAAAUUUUGUGACCUGGCUGACAAGCCUUAGUGAACAUUGUGUCAGGAGCCAUACUGCUGCUGCGAAAAACUACCAUCUCUUUGGCCCGACCACAAAGUCCAGUAAGUUUUGGCAGCCAAGGUCAGCUUACUAAAGUCAAGUGGAUGGUCACUGUUCUUUCACGAAUGCUGCUGCAAUAUACAACCAUCAAUAUUCUCGUGGGGCAGUGGCGAUUCACUUGGCUGCCAGUUUGACUAGGCUUGUUGUGUAGAAUGAUGAUAAUAAACGGUUUAGCUGA